AACGUCAAAACAUCAAAAUAAAGAUUUGUCAUUCUAUCAUUCAGUUCUAUUUUUAAAUUCUCGCAAAAUUCAAACGUGUUAAGUUCUUUAAUCAUUAAGUUUUAGUAGAAUAUUUUAAAUAUGUAUCUUAUUUCAUUACCAAGAAUUAAUUCGUUAUUAACUUUGUCUUGCAUUUGUGGGGCCGGUUUGUCCCUUUAUGGUUAUUAUAUAGGACUCGAAUUGGAAAGAAAUGAUAAUUAUAAACCUAUGUGUGAUAUUAACCCACAGGUUAGCUGUAGUAAGGCCAUGCAAUCUAAAUAUGGAAAAGGACUUGGUAUUUUUGGAGAGGAUUCACAAUUUUACAAACCAAACAGUUUAUUUGGAAUAAUGUUUUAUAGUAUGAUAGCUACAUUAGUUCAAUCCAACUCAAAAUUCAUCGCUUGGGUGUCCCUGGUAUUAAUAGCCUUGUCAAACUUUUUAUCCAUUUACUUUGCUUACAUACUUUAUUUUGUACUUUAUGAUCUGUGCAUUGUGUGUGUAGCUAUUUAUGCGGUAAAUGUAAUUAAUUUAUUAUUGAUCAAAUUAAAACUUAAAACAAUUGAUGCCAUCAGAGAGCAAGAAGAGGAAAAGAAUAAAUAAAUUUAGGUAUAACGUGUUUACUACAAGAUUCGUUGCACGUCAUUGUUCAGUUAUUUUAUUUUAUACGAGGAAUUUCUAAAAUAACAAAAUUAUUAAAUAAAUAAUUUCUUCACGUGUAUAUCUAUGGUUUGCAGGCAC